AUGGCUCUACUUGAAAGACUUUGUGGUAUUCUUGUUCCUAUUCUACUUUUGAAUGUUCUGAAUGUACGUGGACAUGUCAUAUACGGGAGAGGCGCUCCCUCCCUCCCGGUCAACGCCGCUUCUAUAUCAGACCAGGUCCCAUCUGCCCUUGUCCGCCGUCAAUCCGUGGGAGACGUAGAGCUGCGCAUUCUUCCCUUGGGAGCAUCAAUUACCUGGGGUUUGAAGUCGGAGACUCACAAUGGUUACCGCAAAUAUCUUCGGGACCAGCUCCGUUUUGACGGCUGGGAAGUUAAUAUGGUUGGGAGUAAACACGACCCAGAUUCAACGAUGAAGGACAACGACGUCGAAGCGCACUCCGGCGAUACAAUUGACAUGGUUACCGCCGCAGUGCAUGGAUCGCUGGCGUACAAGCCUAAUGUUGUUCUGAUCAACGCAGGUACAAACGAUUGUCGCCUAGGCAUUGAGAUACCUGAGGCCGGAGCCCGCAUGCGCUCUCUGAUAGAGACACUGGUCCAAGCAGAGGACAUGAGCCGUACUUUGAUUGUCCUUUCCACCCUGCUUCCUACUGAAAACGCCCAGGCUAAGGCUAAUGUCCCGAGCGUAAAUGCGCAGUACCGGACGCUCGUGAAAACCAUGCGUGAGGAGGGUGUCUCCAUUGUUCUCGCGGAGAUGAACAGGGCAGACGGCUGGAUUGCUUUCCCCAACGACUUCGCCGACGAUACUCAUCCGAACGAAGCUGGAUACAAGAAAAUGGCGUCUAUAUGGCAUUCAGCGAUCAAGGAUGCUGCGAACAAGAACCUCAUUGUUGCACCGGCAGCGUUUGGAAGCCCAGGGGGAAGCGAUGGGCAGUGCGAGAGGGAGUACGGAACUGGUGUUUAUGCCGGUGGAUUGACGCAACGUGGCAGUGGAGAAGAGGAUGGGAUCUACUAUCACGACAGCGAGGCAAUGGGUGAGGUCUUUACUGUGCUUGGCGGAGAAGAUGACUUUGACACGUUCUUCUUCGCACGAAUAUUCAGUCGUGACCGCGACGAUAUGCUCAGAUGGACUAAGGCCGACGGCAGCGUCAAGUACCUCCUUAAUCGAAAUAUUGACGGGCAGAGCACAAAGUUCGUCGAUGAGCACAUCUCUAUGACCGUUGAAGAUAACUGUAACCCAGCUGGUGUUAAUUUCAUCGAUGUUAAUGCUGAUGGUUUGGACGAUUUUGUUUGUAUUGCAAAAGACGGAACGGCCUACGCAAGCAUCAACACCGGUGAAGACCCUCCUAGGUUUGUGUACAAAGGGCUAUGGAAAUCGCGCGAGGGCUAUGGUCAGGCCAAUGUAAGGCUGGGAGAUGUUGACGGUGAUGGUAGGGCCGACUAUUGCGUGGUUGCUGGUAAUGGGGAUAUUACCUGUUGGCGGAAUGGAUGGGUUGACGAUAUGCCGAAGUAUUGGCAGCCGCUUGGUAAACGGUUCACCGGUAAAGGAAUAGGGGAUCUUCGAGGCGUUCGGCUCGAGGACAUCAAUGGCGAUGGACGAGAUGACUGGUUGUGGGUAGAUGAUGUUGGCGCGACAACAACCUAUACCAAUGCACGAAGCUGCCAAACAGUUGAAGAAGGCGACGGUCUGAACAUUGUGUGGAGGCCGGGCUACCACAAGGGGUACAGCUCCGGACCGACACACUUUGGGAUGAGCGACUUUGGCAACUCUGGGCUCCGACGUCGCGUUCACUUCGCACGAAUAUAUGGAGUGCCGCAGGACUUUGGUCUUCUCGGCAGCCAGGACUACGUCUUCGUUGACAGGGACGACAACCCAGUGAACGGUGGAGGUGACGGUGACAAAGUGGGCGGGUACACAUACAGAAUCCGUGUAUGGAAGAAUAAAGGAAGCGGAGGAACAAAAAUCAAAGCCGAUGGGAAUCGGUACUGCAACAUGUUGGGCCACGACGACGGUCGUAUGGACUAUGUUUGGAUCCUCUCGAAGGGCGACAUGCGAAUAUACCCUAACAAGGGGCUUUCCUUCGUUUCCAAUGAUGGGGAGAGCUACUGGGGUCCAAACUAUGUUAUCUUCGACCCUGCAAGUAUGUCAAUCAACCGAGACCUCGAUCGUCGGGACUUGCAUCUCGUCGACUGGGAUGGGGAUGGUGCAUGCGACAUAAUCUGGACAGACCCAAAUAAUCUGAACCGGCCUCGACUGUUCCGUAAUCGGAUUAAAGAGACCGGCGAUUUCAAUUGGGAGUACACUGCCAAUCCUGCGCCCACCGUGACCUGCCCGGAACAACGUGGACUAGGGUUCUUUGACCGACCAGUCCAGCUCGCUGAUAUUACAGGAAAUGGCAAAGCUGACUAUCUCUGCAUCGAGAAAGACGGACGGACCUGGGGCUGGGUUCAUAAUGACAAUGGCUGGGAGUUGAUUGAUCAGGUCAAAUUUUCCGAGGCCAAAGACCGGGCGAAUCUACACUGGGCUGAUGUCAAUGGUGAUGGCCGAGCCGACCUAAUUCAUACCAACAAGUUCAACGGCGAUGGGACUGUGUGGUACAAUCGUGGCCGCCGUGAGAUCGGCGGCUCACGGUUCUGGUGGGAACCAGCAGGCCUGACAUACGAAGGUGCAGUUGCAGGAUCCUGCACCUACUUUGCUGAUCUUGAUGGAGACGGGCGCGCGGAUAUGCAUGCAAUCACUCAUUCCAUGCUAAAUACCGCAGAGACUUGGUAUAACAAAUGUGAACUUACUGACUCUACCGGGGAUGAUGGCCCCAUUACUGACCCGGGCUUACCAAGCAUACCUGAAUGA